AAAUGGGUGCCAUCGCAUACUUGCUAGUGUUCUGCUUGGCCGUCGGCCUGGUCGCCGCCGAGAAGUCCGACUACUGUCUCAGUGAGAUCAUCAAGUCGGAUGAAAGGAUCCGUUCCCACGGCUACCCGGCCGAGUCCCACACUGUGGUGACCGAGGAUGGAUACGUGCUGACCCUCUUCCGCAUUCCAUACUCCCACAAGCUGAAGAACCAGAACGAGAAGCGCCCUCCGGUGCUCCUGCAGCACGGACUUUUUAGUAACUCCGACUGCUUCCUCUCCUCUGGACCGGACAACUCGUUGGCCUACCUUCUGGCCGAUGCCGGAUACGAUGUGUGGCUGGGCAAUGCCCGUGGCAACAUCUACUCCCGAGAGAACAACAUCAUCUCUAUAAACAGUCCCAAGUUCUGGCACUUUGACUGGCAUGAGAUCGGAACCAUUGACAUUCCCGCCAUGAUUGAUUACAUUAUCGACCUGACCGGAUUCUCGCAGGUCCAUUACGCUGGACACUCUCAGGGUACCACUGUGUACCUGGUUAUGUUGUCCGAACGUCCUGAAUACAAUGAGAAGAUCAAGUCUGGCCAUUUGCUGGCUCCGUGCGCUUUCUUCGAGCACGGCAAGUCCUUCGUCUUCAGAACCCUGGGCUCGUUGGUGGGCACUCCCGGCGGAAUAUGGAACCAGCUGUUGGUGGACACUGAACUGAUUCCGCACAACAAUCUGGUUAACCGGGUGGUGGACAAUAGCUGUCACAUGGCUAACUCCAUUUGCAACAAUGCCUUCAUUAUGUUUGCCAAUGGCGGCUACGUGAACUCCAAUGCGAGCUCCAUGAGUGUUUUGAUUGAGACACAUCCGGGUGGCUCCUCCAGCAACCAGGGCAUCCACUUCCUGCAGCUUUGGGCUUCGCACGAGUUCCGUCAGUACGACUGGGGCACCAAGAAGAACAUGGAGAUCUACGGCCAGGAAGUGCCCCCAGACUACGACCUCAGCCUGAUCACCGCCCCCACCCACUCCUACUCCAGCAACAAUGAUGCCUUGUGCGGACCCCAGGACGUGGACACCCUGGUCUCGAAGUUCACCCACUUGACGGAGGAUCAUCGGGUGCCCGUGCAGAGCUUCAACCAUCUGGACUUUAUCAUUGCCAAGAACAUGAAGGAGCUGGUGAAUGAUCUGGUUAUCGAUCGCAUCAACUCCUAUGAGGGACGUUAAAAAAAUGAAAUAAAAAAAUCAAACUGCA